AUGUUUAAUUUAGGUGGUGCCCCAACCGGUGCCGCAACAGAUAAUCAAUCUUCAAAACCUUUUGGAGGCUUUGGUUCAUCUUCUAAUAAUACAUCAACUAAUAGCAAGCCAGCUUUCAACUUCUCAGCCAAUACGGCAACUGCAGGCACGAACAAUAGUGCUUUUUCAUUUGGCCAAACUCCAGGAACAACAGGAGCUACAGGUGGUACUAAUUCCACUGCAUUUGGCGCUUCAAAUCCAAGUGCAAAUGCACAAUCCACUGCUGCUAAGCCAAAUUUAAAUUUUGGAUCAACUUCAUCAGCAUUUGGUUCAACACCAUCUGCAUUCGGAUCAACCCCAUCAGCAUUUGGAUCUACAGGAGCUGCACCAAGUGCUUCUGCUUUCGGUACCUCAACUAAUACACCAGGUGCUUCUGCUUUUGGCGCUUCAACUAAUACACCAGGUGCUUCUGCUUUUGGUACCUCAACUAAUGCACCAGCUACUUCUAUAUUAAAUACAUCAUCUAAUGCUCCAUCAACUUCUCCAUUUGGUUUUGGCACCAAACCUUCCACUACAACCACCGAAAGUAAUGACAGUUCGAAACCGGCAAUUGGAUUUACCAUUCCAAAGCCAAAUGCUAAUGCAGGUUCAACUGCUACUACCAGUGCCACUACAGAUAAUAAACCAGCAUUCAAUUUCUCUGGAACUGGAAACAAUGUCCAAACGAAACCUACAUUUGGUGGAUUUGGAAGUACUUCAGGUACAGCUGAGAAGAAAGAUGAUUCUAAACCUACAGGCGCGACCCCAUCAUUUUCACUAAGUGGAACUAAUAAUAGUACAGGGACUCAACCUUUUGCAUUUGGUGCCACCAAACCUUCUACACAGGCAGAUGGAAAGACUGAAUCUACAAAGCCCAGCUUAUUCUCUGGUUCAGCAAACCCAAAACCAAGCUCAUUGUUUGGUUCCUCAUCUGCUUCAACUGGUAAUAGUGAAAAUAAGAAAGAUUCUACAGAAAAUCCAACUCCGUUAUUCGGCUUAAAUUCGAAUACCAACGCUUCCACAAAACCAGCAGCUGCCGCUUCAAUUGGUUUUAAUUUCGGUGGAAAUAAUUCUUCAAAGGAUGAUAAAAAACCACCCGCUGGCAUUUCAUUCGGAUCGACUACAGAACAGGUAUCUAAACCUGCAACUGAUUUUUCAUUUGGACUAACAUCCAAAAAGGAAGAAUCUUCUAAGCCAGAUAAUGAAGCAAAGAGCUCAUUGUUAAUGGGAACUGCAAAGGAUAAUGACGCCAAGAAGCCAUCCUUUUCACUAAAUAUGGAUAAAAAAAAUGAUUCGAAAAUUGGUGAAUUUUCCCUUGGAGGAGAUAGAAAGGAAGAAACGAAACCAACUUUUUCUUUCGGUGCUAAAAACGAUGGCUCGGAUGCCAAGAAGGAUGACAGUAAACCAGCUUUUUCAUUUGGUGGUAAAAAGGACGAUAUUGAUUCUAAAAAGGAAAAACCAAAUGACACCAAAGAUGAUACCAAGCCUGCUGCUGCCUUUCAAUUUAGCAGCAAACCAUCUGAUAAAACUGCUGACAGUAAAUCAUCUUCUACAGGCUUUUCGUUUGGAAGUGGCACACCAUCAACUAGUACUAAGGAUGAAACUUCAACCACUACUUCUACUACUACUACUACUGGUCCAGGAUUUUCAUUGGGUGGAACAACUAAAACUGAUGAGAAGAAAGCUGACACCUCGAAAGCAACCCCUUCAGGAACAGCAAGUUCCAAUGUGGCCAGCAGCCAGACAUUGAACUCUAAAGAGGUCGAAAUCAAGCCAAUAUCUUUAGAUAACAAAACCUUGGAUGAUUUAAUUACUAAAUGGACAGAACAGCUAUCGGGAGCGGCUACUCACUUCAAUGAAUAUUCGAAUAAAAUUAAUCAAUGGGAUGAAACAUUAGUAAAAGGUGGUGGAUUGAUCAGUAAAUUAUAUUCAGAUACUCUAGUAGCGGAACAGACUCAAAAUAAGAUUGAUCAGUCACUUCAAUAUAUAGAGAGACAGCAAGAUGAAUUGGAAACAUUCUUAAACAAUUAUGAAAAGAAAACUGAAACAUUACUAUCAGAGAUCCUUUCAGCAAAUUCUGGAAGUGCUGCUAAUAAUAAUGACCAAAAGAGACAACAAGCGUACGAAACAGCAGAAACAUUAGAUGCCAAUUUAAACGCUUUAUCUUCGAAUUUAUCAUCAUUAAUUGAUGAAAUUAACGAAGUAAGUAAUACCUUUAACAAAGCCACUAGUUUGAACCUGAAUAGUAAAGAUGAAAGUGCACAACUUGUAAAGCUAUUGAAUACACAUCUAGAUGCAUUGAAAUCAUUGGAUACAAACUCAACCUCAUUGGAAUCCAAAUUAAAACACUUGGGUCAAUGA